GCCUGGCUUAAUGCCUGGACGCAACCACGACGCAACUGCUAAAUUCUGAACCUCAUUUGAAAUUUUGUUAGCGUAGAGAUUUGAGGUUAUCCCACAUGUUUGCGAAAUUUCUAUCACAGUGUAAUUAAAAAAUCGAAAUGGCCAUUCAACGUGUAGUUAAACCCACCACACGUAAAGGGAAACGUGUCCUAGAAGCUCGACAACCCAUAACUAUCGAAGGGCCUAAGCAAACUUUAGUACUUCACGGCCGUAAAACAUCUGACUUUAUAAGGCUUGGAUUAAAAGAUCUAUAUCGUUUGAAGAAGCCUGAUGCAAAAUUACUAUCUCGCAAUAACGAUAUAACAAUAUUUGAAAAUGCGAGUCCUGUUGAAGAACUUUGUCGAAAAUACGAAACUUCCUUAUUUAUAAUGGGAUCUCAUAGCAAAAAACGACCUAAUAAUUUAAUUAUAGGACGAAUGUACAAUUAUUCAUUGCUUGAUAUGGUCGAGUUAGGAUUAGAUUCGUUUCAAAGUUUAGCCGAUUUUGUAGGACCCAAAAUAACAUUGGGUACUAAACCUUGUCUUAUAUUUAAUGGUCCUGCUUGGGAUCAAAUGGACGAACUUAAACAUUUAAAAUCAAUGUUUGUGGACUUAUUUCACAGAGAGAAUGUUGAAAACAUUCGCUUGCAGGGUUUAGAACACGCAAUAAGUUUUACUGCAACUGCUGAUAAUAAAAUUUUGCUUAGAUCUUAUAAGGUUUUGCUAAAAAAGUCUGGCUGUAAAACUCCUCGGGUUGAACUAGAAGAAAUGGGACCACACCUAGAUUUUACAUUCAGACGAUCAAAAUUAGCUAGCGAAGAUUUAAUGAAACAAGCUUGCAGAAAGCCUAAAAUACUAAAAGUGGCAAAGAGAAAAAAUGUGUCUCGCGAUGGGUUGGGUACAUUACAUGGACGUAUUCAUGUUGGUAAACAAAAUAUUACAAGUCUUCAGACACGAAAAAUGAAAGGUUUAAAGAAGACUGCUGAAGAAAAACGAGCAGAAAAGAAACAAAGGAAAAGACCUUUAACCGCAGAAACUAACAGUACUAAACCUGUAGCUAGUAAAAAACGUAAAGUGGAAUAAAAUAAAGACUUCUUUAACUUUG